AUGAUUAAUAAUAAACCACACGGUAUAAAUCUUGAUGAUAAACUUGUAAAUGAAUGUGAAUAUACAGCAGUUAUUGUUGGACGCGAUCUAUCAUCAUAUUUAAUUGCUCUAAUUCUUAAACAACAUGGUCAUCAUGUAGCUAUUGUUAGUCGACCAAAUACACCAAUAAUGGUUGAUCUAUAUGAAUAUUUAUCAUUGAAAUAUUUGUAUGAAGCAGCACGACGACUUCGUUCUAUUCAAUCUCUUUGUACAAAAGGUUUUCAAUUCAAAUUUGAUGAAAAGACAUCUGAGUUCGAUUGGCAACAAUUAACACAUGAAUGUAAACAAGAUUUUUUUGAAACAAAACAAAAUCUCGAAAAAGAAAUUUUUAAGAAAGAUAUUAGUAUAUAUGAAGGUACUAUUGUCAUGAUUGAAGAUUAUGUUCUACGAAUUAUUAGUGAAGGUAUUAAAGAACGAAAAAAAACUAAUAAUUCUAUAGAUUUUUCUAUAUUUAUUACGAAAGAUGAAUUAACUCAAAUUGCUGUUCUACGAACAAAAUAUGUAAUAAUGAGUAGUGAUAUUUGUCGCUGUACAAUGAAGGAUUAUACAAAUCAAAUUAAUCAUAAUAGAAUAUUGAAGACAUUAGUUGAUAUUAUUCAUUUAGAUCAAAUACCCAAGAGUUUAACUGUAAUUGGUGGUGGUACUGUUGGUACAUCAUUGGCUUCAUGUAUGAAAGAGUUAGGUUGUAUUUCAGUAACUAUUAUCGAACGGCAAUUACAUUGUCUAAUGAGUAUGAAUCACAUUGAUAGAGAAAUAGCUGCUUAUAUUGAAUCAAUACUGAUUAAACAACAAAUCAAUAUUAUUACAAAAUGUGCUGUAAAUUAUCUUACAGAAACUGCACUGUAUUCUAUAACUGAUCCAAUUAAAACUGAUGUUCAAUUUAUUGCUAUUGGUACAAAACGAAAAUUGAAUACAGUACAUAAUAUUCCAACAACAGCUCUUAUUCAAUUAAUUGAACGUGUUUCAUUUGGACGUAAAAUUCAACUAGGAACAACGAUAAAUGACGGACAUGGAGAAACAGUGGUUAUACCUAUAACUCCUAUUGUUCCAAUUGAUUAUCAACGUAUGAAAAGUUUUUGUUCGAUAGAACAAGGUAUAAGUAUUGCCUAUCGAACAAUUUGUCAAUGUUUAAAUGAUCCUAAACCUAAUUUUGUUAUGCCUUCAUUCAUAUUCACAAUACCUCCAUUAUUAUUAAUGGGACAAACACGAAUACCAGCUGAUAAUAUGUUUAUUUGUCGAGUAACUGUUCCGCCUACUAUAAAAUAUACCAUUGAUACACCUCCUCGUGGCUUUGGUAAAUUGUGGAUAUCUCGAACACGUAAAAUACUCUGUGGUGUUCAGCUUGUCAGUGAACAUGUGUUUAUGUUUGGUAAAGCAUUCAGUAUUCUUAUUCGCAAUGAAAUAUCAUUGAAUGAUCUAUGCAAUCGAAUUGAGUUACCUGGUUCAAUUGGUGAAGUCGUACAAAUUAUGAUUAAACAAGCUAUGUAUAAUAUUAAUAAAACCUGUUAUACAUCAUAA